UCAAACUAGUUAUCUCUUGUUGUAAUAAAAUCUUACUAGCAAUAACACAACCUAUUGUUGAACAUAAUCUUAGUUGACUUUUUGAUUAAAUUAAAUAUGCAAUCAUAUAUAAAGAUAACAAAACGAAAAACAGCAGAGAAUAUUGUUACGUGGCAGUCGUAGUUUAAUCAUUAACAAUGUCUAACGCUGAGGAAAGAUUGCGUAAAGUUUUGAAUUGCAUAGUUCAAGAGAAAUUUCCUAACGCGUCCGAUGUUAAAAUCAAGCCAUAUAGCACCGAUGGUGCGAACUAUACCUCAGUUUUAUUUGAAGCUAGUAUCGUUACCCCUGAAGAUACCUUUGAAUUAUUUGCAAAAGUAGAAUCAAUGGGCGAUCAUCUCAAAGACACAAGUCAGCACCUCUCCAAUAUAGAAAAUUUCGUAUUCACAUCACUUACCGGCGCUUAUGCAAAAUUAGAGGGCAAAUAUGGGAUAAAAGAAAAAUUCAUAUUUCCAAAGUUUUACAAGAGCGUCGAUGGAGUCGUUGUCAUGGAAAAUUUAGCAUUCAAAGGAUAUGAAGUUUAUGAUAGAUUCAAGAGUAUUGAUUGGAAUUAUGCAUCGAAAUCUGUAGAAGCUUUAGCCAGAUUUCAUUCACUUUCUUUCGCAUUCAAGAAUGAAUGUCCAGAGGAGUUCAGAAAAGCUGGGGAAGUGUUAAAUAUACCGAUGGCUAUCUAUACAAGCUUUCAUUCGGAUGGUCAAAGUGAUGCUGCAAUGGCAGCUCUGGAUGAAGAAGAUAGAGAGAAACUCAUUAAACUUCUUGAAGGGUCUAAGGGUUUGAGUAAAGGUUUGGAUCUUACUGAAACUCGUGAGACUGCUGUCAUCGUCCACGGAGACUACCGCGCAAGUAAUUUGAUGCAUAAAGAAGUGAAUGGAGAAUAUCAUGUCAUUCCGGUGGACUACCAAACAGCCAGACUAGGGUGUCCCGCAUCCGAUCUCCUCUACUUCAUCGUGAUGGGUUCUGACCAGCAGUUCCGAAAACUGCACUACCAUCAGCUUCUAGACCACUAUUACCAGCAUCUGACUCUGAUGAUGACCAAGUUCGGUCUUCAGCCGGAUGAGGUGUAUGGGAGGGAGGAAUUCGAAAGUGACAUAAAAGCGAAACUCCCAGUAGCGCUCAGCUUCGCUGCGAUAGGGCUGCCAUUCGUGACAGUGGACGCCGACAGCGCUCCGAACUUCGCGAGUGGGCAGUUCGUGCCGCGCGCGAACGAACAGUUCGUCUAA